GCCGGAGAGGGGCGCGGCGCGCUGUUCUGGCGGCAGGCGAUUGGGCGAGGUCGCGAGCGGCGUAACAGUCGCCAGCUCACGGGCUGAGACGGUCGCCGCUGCGUUUGCGCAGGGGGAGCUGGUCGCCGCCGCGGCCGCCUGGAAUUGUGGGGGUUGUGUCUGCCACUCGGCUGCGGGAAGCCGAAGGUCCCUGACUACGGCUCACCAGAGCCUGCCUUCAUCUAGGAUGGCUCUUCUGGGCAGGCUCCUUGGGCUGCUGAUGGCCACCUGCCUCACCUUCUGCCUCAGUCAUCAGAACCCGAAGGAGUUUGCCCUGACCAACCCAGAGAAGAGCAGCACCAAAGAAACAGAGAGAAAAGAAACCAAAGCAGAGGAGGAGCUCAAUGCCGAGGUCCUGGAGGUGUUCCACCCGACACAUGAGUGGCAGGCCCUUCGCCCAGGGCAAGCUGUCCCUGCAGGAUCCCAUGUACGGCUGAAUCUUCAGACUGGGGAAAGAGAGGCAAAACUCCAAUAUGAGGACAAGUUCCGAAAUAAUUUGAAAGGCAAAAGGCUGGAUAUCAACACCAACACCUAUACAUCUCAGGACCUCAAGAGUGCACUGGCAAAAUUCAAGGAGGGAGCAGAGAUGGAGAGUUCAAAGGAAGACAAGGCAAGACAGGCUGAGGUAAAGCGGCUUUUCCGCCCCAUUGAGGAACUGAAGAAGGACUUCGAUGAGCUGAAUGUUGUCAUUGAGACUGAUAUGCAGAUCAUGGUACGGCUGAUCAACAAGUUCAAUAGUUCCAGCUCCAGUUUGGAAGAAAAGAUUGCUGCACUCUUUGAUCUUGAGUAUUAUGUCCAUCAGAUGGACAAUGCACAGGACCUGCUUUCCUUUGGUGGUCUUCAAGUGGUGAUCAAUGGGCUGAACAGCACGGAGCCCCUCGUGAAGGAGUAUGCUGCGUUUGUGCUGGGGGCUGCCUUUUCCAGGUGAGCAGUGUAAUGGACAUUUCAUUGGC